UGUGACACCCCGAAAAUUUAAAUAAAAUAAAUAAAUUUAUUAGUCAGAUAGAAUGUUACGAAAGUCACAUUUUAAUAAUUAAGCGAAUGAGAUAAAAUUUUAACAUCGGUGACAUUUUUUUAAUAAGAUAAAAAUGUUUCAAUAAAAAAGUGACAUUUUUACAAUAAUUAUGUUGACCAGAAAAGACCUUGACUUAAAUAACGAAAGUUACAUUUUUUUUGUAACAAGUGAUACAUUAUACUUAUGAUAUAAAUAAAUAAAAAUGUCAUUUUAACAAUUGUAAUUCAAAACUAUCUGUUAAUAAUAGGUGUUCAAAAAUAAAAAUGAGUUGGCUUUUCAAAAAAAAUAUACUUUCGUACAUGCAUGCUCAUAGAUAAAUAUAUACAUAAUAAUAAAAGAAUUGAUAAUAUACAAAUGUAAAUGUAGUACGUACUACAUGUGACCUGCCUACGAUUGUGAUAUACUACUACACAAUAAUAUAGGUAUCAUGUAUCUUAUUUCAUACAAUGAAUCUGGAGAGUGCGAGUAUACAUAUUCAUUAUUCACAUAGGGCCUGAUACACAUACGAACAACCAACAAUGAUAGAUCACUAAUCGGAAGAGGCCAAAGAUAUACAAAUGAUAAAGGAAGCUAGCUACGUGUACAUGUGUGCACCAAGAGAAAACCAACAAUUUGCACACUCAUAUAUACAUACUCAUAUUUACAUAAUCAUUUAUAUAUACAUAUAUAUUACCCUGCAAAACUAUAAUCAGACAACUAUACUCUGCGACCUACUAUCUUCGCCCAGAGGAAUUCGCCAGAGAAGAGUCAGCCGUGCCCAGCACCCACGUAUCAUCGGAGAAGAGAAUACGAAGUCGCCAGAGUCGCUGCCGGCCAAGUUGGAGUAUUCCACGCCGGACUGGUUUCCCUGUUUCACGCCAGGAUCCCCACCGAGACUGGCGCUAAGGCUAAGCUGUAAAGUCCAAGGAAAGAGGAACCGCCGCCGGGAAAGACUACUGAGACGCACUGUUCUUCAUUACCGCCUCACUGGAGUGGAGGAUCCGCUGGAACGCUGCCGUCGCCGCCAGAAGGAAAAAGGUCGUUGGCCAUCUUCAGUCGCCGAUGAAGCUGCGUUACGCUGAUGACUCUUUCCUCAGCGUCAAUACAAUCGAAGAAGAGGAGCCGAUGAAGUGACUGCACUGCCGGGUCAUCUUCGCCGGCCUAACUUGCAGUUGACGUUGAGAGCAGAGCGUCCAGAGUAAACGAUGUUGCAGCAAGCACCGCACAUUCCCUGCUGUUUCGCCGCGACUGUUGCCGUUCGCCGGCAGCUGGGAGCCGAUUCACCGAAGAAGACGAAAGGUAACUUGGAGAAGAUCAAAGUAGAAGCCCGUUUAUGAAUAUCACGAUUCGAGUACGACAAUGAAGUCAACGAAGACCAAAGUAGAAAGCAAUAUCACCGCACCGACAAAUGCGGAGUUGGCUCAAAAUAUGGUUCAACUCAUCCAGACUAUCGGGAGUGUGUUAGUUCAGAACCAACACCAACAACGUCUCAAAAACCGCAAUGAUGUAGCAAAACUUGUUGCGAAGCGCAAUCCCCCGUGUUAUUUAGGCCAAGAAGAUCCUCUCAUCCUUGAGGAUUGGAUUCGCACUUUCGACAAACUCUUCGAUGCUAUAAACUGCCCUGCAGAUCAACGAAUUAAUACGGCUGCGUACUAUCUACGUCAAGAAGCAGACAAUUGGUGGGCCACGACUGCCCCAACGUUGCGUCAACAACCUGACUUUUCUUGGGAGACGUUCAAGGAGGCAAUGCGAAAAAGAUUCUACCCAGAGCACGUGAGAGCUGAGAAGUAUGAAGAAUUUUUACAUCUGAAGCAAGUAGGCAUGACUGUCCAAGAGUACCACUCUAAAUUCUUGAAUCUCGCACUAUUUGCUCCCACGCUAGUUCUCGAUGAAAUCGAGAAAACAAAUAAGUUUAUACGCGGUCUGAACUUUGAGACACAAAAAGCUCUUUGCAUUUCAGAAUGCCAAACGUUGAACGAUGCCUACAACAAAGCUGGCAAGCACUAUCAAGUGCAACAACUCCAGAAGAAAACACUCAAGAGAGAAAGGAAGGGCACCGAAGAAGAAAAUAGACAGGGAGGCAAACGGCAAAGGCUAGAUAAUGCAGGGGAGACCCGAAACAGGAACAAGAUCAACAACCAAGGCCAAGACCAGAAGCGUAAGAAGAAGAACUCAACUGAAGAGAUGCACUUCUACUGCUCGAAGUGUGGAAAAGAUCACCCUGGGAAAUACUGUGACGGAACACUCGUACGAUGUUUUCAUUGUGACAAGCUGGGACAUAGGGUGUUCGAGUGUCAUUCAAGGAAGAAGGGAAUCCCUCCAACUCGUGGACUCAAUCAUCAUGAAAAGAAUGUAAAACACAGUGGAAGAAUCCGAAAAUAGUAGGCAAAAAUCAUAUAAAAUUUCUUAUUUUCAAAAUCAGUAACUCGGUUUGAAGACUAAGUAUUGUUCUGAUCUUAAAUGAAUAAUCUACAUUCUUAAGUAAAUUAAGUGCUUUCGGGGACGAAGCACUCUUUUAAGAAGGGUAGAAUGUGACACUCCUUAAAAAAAAAAAAAAAAAAAAACCAUUUAAUAUUAACUAAGAUGUAAUAUCUGCUAAUUGUACAUGUGGAUAUUUUCUUAGCUUAUGCUUCGGGACGAAGCAUCUUAUAAGGAGGGUAGAAUGUGACACCCCGAAAAUUUAAAUAAAAUAAAUAAAUUUAUUAGUCAGAUAGAAUGUUACGAAAGUCACAUUUUAAUAAUUAAGCGAAUGAGAUAAAAUUUUAACAUCGGUGACAUUUUUUUAAUAAGAUAAAAAUGUUUCAAUAAAAAAGUGACAUUUUUACAAUAAUUAUGUUGACCAGAAAAGACCUUGACUUAAAUAACGAAAGUUACAUUUUUUUUGUAACAAGUGAUACAUUAUACUUAUGAUAUAAAUAAAUAAAAAUGUCAUUUUAACAAUUGUAAUUCAAAACUAUCUGUUAAUAAUAGGUGUUCAAAAAUAAAAAUGAGUUGGCUUUUCAAAAAAAAUAUACUUUCGUACAUGCAUGCUCAUAGAUAAAUAUAUACAUAAUAAUAAAAGAAUUGAUAAUAUACAAAUGUAAAUGUAGUACGUACUACAUGUGACCUGCCUACGAUUGUGAUAUACUACUACACAAUAAUAUAGGUAUCAUGUAUCUUAUUUCAUACAAUGAAUCUGGAGAGUGCGAGUAUACAUAUUCAUUAUUCACAUAGGGCCUGAUACACAUACGAACAACCAACAAUGAUAGAUCACUAAUCGGAAGAGGCCAAAGAUAUACAAAUGAUAAAGGAAGCUAGCUACGUGUACAUGUGUGCACCAAGAGAAAACCAACAAUUUGCACACUCAUAUAUACAUACUCAUAUUUACAUAAUCAUUUAUAUAUACAUAUAUAUUACCCUGCAAAACUAUAAUCAGACAACUAUACUCUGCGACCUACUAUCUUCGCCCAGAGGAAUUCGCCAGAGAAGAGUCAGCCGUGCCCAGCACCCACGUAUCAUCGGAGAAGAGAAUACGAAGUCGCCAGAGUCGCUGCCGGCCAAGUUGGAGUAUUCCACGCCGGACUGGUUUCCCUGUUUCACGCCAGGAUCCCCACCGAGACUGGCGCUAAGGCUAAGCUGUAAAGUCCAAGGAAAGAGGAACCGCCGCCGGGAAAGACUACUGAGACGCACUGUUCUUCAUUACCGCCUCACUGGAGUGGAGGAUCCGCUGGAACGCUGCCGUCGCCGCCAGAAGGAAAAAGGUCGUUGGCCAUCUUCAGUCGCCGAUGAAGCUGCGUUACGCUGAUGACUCUUUCCUCAGCGUCAAUACAAUCGAAGAAGAGGAGCCGAUGAAGUGACUGCACUGCCGGGUCAUCUUCGCCGGCCUAACUUGCAGUUGACGUUGAGAGCAGAGCGUCCAGAGUAAACGAUGUUGCAGCAAGCACCGCACAUUCCCUGCUGUUUCGCCGCGACUGUUGCCGUUCGCCGGCAGCUGGGAGCCGAUUCACCGAAGAAGACGAAAGGUAACUUGGAGAAGAUCAAAGUAGAAGCCCGUUUAUGAAUAUCACGAUUCGAGGUAAGUACUAUGUCAACCAAGUUUCAUGCUUUUCCCAUAUAAAUUUAUUUGUGACUAGUUAUUUGAGAUCAUUUGAGUAUAUGAUAGUUAAUGAGAUUUUACGUAUCAAUUGUGAUUGUGAAUUAUAUAUAUUCGAGAUUUGAGUAUUUUUAUAUUGAGUGAUAUUUUGAGCAUUUGAAUUUACAUAUGAAUUGUUAUUGGAUUGAGAUUUGAGAUUUGAGCUAUUCAUGAAGUAUCCUAUAUUUUGGACUAUUUAUGUAAUAUUUGAGUAUGAUGAGUUGGAGUUAAUAAUUUCAUUGUGAAUAAUUUUGUGGAAUUUGGAUUUCAUAUCCAUUUUGAUUUAUGUUAUGAUACUUGAAAUUGAGAUUGGAUUAUGAUUUUUUGUGAGUACUCGGAGAAAUGUGGAUUUGGUGAGUGGUAAUGACUAUAAGUCUAAUUCCACCAGGGAUCUCCCAAAAGUGGAGCAUCCCAGCUUAAUUGUAGUAGUUGGUAGAAAAAUCCCGACUACUCGGACUUUUUACUACCCGGAGAGCUUGGAAUCUCUUUUAGGGGGUGUGCACACUUAAGGUAGGAGUUCGGCUUCCAUUGGAUUUGGUUGAGUUUGAAUGAUUGGACUUGAGAUGAUUUGGAUUAUUUGGUUGGACUUGAUGGAGAUGAAUUGAACUACAUUAUAUUGGAUUAUUUGAGUAGGUUAUAUUUGUUUGGAUUGGAUUGAAUUUGAUGUGGUUGAGAUUAUUAAAUUAUUUGUAGAUUUUCAAAGUAAUACUUAUUAAUUUGAUUUGAUAUGGUUAUUUUGAAUAUUGAUUAUGAGUAUUUGGAAGUAUUUUGAGAUGAAUAUUUGGGCUUUACAUAUGAUUUAUGUUUUGGAAUAUAAUUACGAGGAUUUUGGUGGUUUAUGUAUAUUGACCUUUUAAAAUUAUUAUGAUUUGGAAAUAUGUACCUAUAUUUGAAAUAUUAUUAUUUUUCAUGUGAUUUUGUGAUGAGAAGUUUGUAUAAAAUGUUUCAUGAGGUUUCCUCCCAAAUGUUUUUACAAAAUGAUAUAUAUGUAUCAAACAUGAUUAUUUUACAGGGUUGGGUGGGCCUUACUUAGCAUUUCCGGCUAAUUUUUGUUUCUUUGUGUUUUUCUUUCUGUACUUUAUUUGUGCAGGAAUUGAGGAUCAUGUUGAAGUUGAUUUCGAGAGCUUCCGCUAGAACACAUAGACUAAAUUGAUUGAAUAAUUUAUUUUAGUCUUAAUUUUAAAGAAUUGUAGUUGAACAAUUAAUUUUGGAAAAUCUUAAUUGGUUGGUGGUGGAUAGCCUGUGCACUCGGUUAUAUGAGAACCGAGUGUGGCGGUAACGCCCUGUUUCCCUUUGAAUUUUCCGCUGCAAGACUCUGAUGUUUUCGAAUAAACCAUUAUUCAAAUGUAUUUUUGGGUGGGAAAUUUGGGGGUGUUACAACUUUUAAGUCCUAGGGUCCUCCACCGAAAUAUGAGUGUUAAGGACUUUUAAGUCCUAGGGUCCUCCACCAAAAUAUGAGUGUUAAGGACUUUUAAGUCCUAGGGUCCUCCACCAAAUUAUGAGUGUUAAGGACUUUUAAGUCCUAGGGUCCUCCACCAAAUUAUUUUCCUAUGAUCAACCUCCUAUCAACCUAGAUAGAGUCCAUAUCAUAUCUAUUCAUUCAUAGCUAAAUCAAUACAUAAAGCUUAUGUAUCACAAUCCAUGCAAAGCCAUGCAUUUAUAUAAACUUGUAAUUAACUAAUACCAACCGGUAUUAAUUAAUCCAUUAUUCAUCGGUCAACGUUUUUGUUGACCGCCAUAUCAAGCCUUGUACAUAUCAACUUAAUCAUCAUAUAACUAAGUUAAUAAUAUUCAUUUGUGCUUCUUUUACA